UAAUAAGACCACUCUUGCGGGAGCCAUUAAGAAAAUACAUGAAAGUUUAGACACAACGCAAAAUCGCGAAUUGACCUAUAAGGCCUUAAGCGUCUGUAGACAAAAAGAAGGAGAAUCUGUAGAUGAAUUCUCCGCUCGAUUAAUACCAUUGGUAGAAGCAAGUACAGUUGACCAAACUGGUAAGGCAUCGGAAGAAAUUCUUUGUAGGCUUUUCCUAGAGAAAUUAACUCCGAACCUCCAAUUUCUCACGAGGACCUUAACAGGGCCAAAUAGGAAAGACUUCGAUACUUUACAAUUAAACGCACAUGAGGCAGAAAUAAUGCUAAGUGUGAAUCCGAAACCCAGCUUUUAUCCAAUCUGUCAAGUCGAAGACAAUACGGUACCACAAUUUCAAUACAAGAGCCCUCCAAAUUACCCAAAUGGGAACUUUAAGACUUGGGCGCCAACCAAUCCAAACAGACAACCCCUCGGUCGUCCCAACAGAUUUCAAAAUAGUGGAAAUCGUAGCUGGAUCCGGACAACAGUACAGUAACCGACCGAGAAAUCCACGCAACACAAACUGGAAUAGAGGUCCACAGCAAGACAAGCGGUGGAACAAUCGUCCAGUCUGCAACUAUUGCAAAAAGGUAGGGCACUUGGCUUUUAACUGCUUCAAGAGACGCAGUGAUUUUACCCAACCAAGAAACUCGAUAAGAGUAUUAGAAGACCAAAAUAGGAUAUUGCAGGGUCAAAUAAAUCAGAUCGCUAACUCAGUCCAGAAGUUGGCGUUCAAACAAACUGCUGAGGCAGACACACGAAAAAUUAAUUCCAUACAAAAAAUUGAUAUACCAUCAGCUGCGGCUGCCUCUAAACUUAAUUCAACUGAGAAAAAUGUACAAAACAAAAUCUCGAGUUGGGAACCCAAAAUAGGACCAAAGUUUCUUCCUAUAUUCACAUUACUUGCCUUAAGUAUGUUUGCACCCACAAUAAAUUGCAAAGAAUUUAUUCCGGUUCCUUCAGCUCCCAUGAUUUGUCAAACUCAUUUACAGCCAAUGAUUUGGUCGCUUCCUAAAUUUUCGGGAUGCCCAAAAAUAGAUCUAGACACAAGCAAAGCACCUACGAAACAGAAGCGAAUCAUUUAUGUCUCAAACCCAUUAGAGUAUUCAACCAAAGCCUGGGCGUGUAGAAAAGUGAAUAAAAUUGUACAAAAAUACACGAGUUUAACGGGGGUCCCGGUAACCCAAAAUCUAAAUUCGGAGAUUAUUGCAAUAAGGCCUGAAGAAUGCCGACAAAUGGCAUACAAUAAAAGAUGCGAUUUGGGGAACCUCCAAAAUGAAACAGGGUUAUGGCACACUAAUAGGAAAAUAGACUUAACUCCACGGCCAUGGCUCUUAGGUUCCUUUUCUUGGAAAAAAGAACAAAUUGAAAAUUGUUAUGCGUAUGAAACCGAGGUGUACUCACACUUCGGGGCGAAAACAAUUAUAACUCCUGCGGGAGCCACUCAUGAUUGUCACUAUAGCAAAGGUUUCUGUACUCUAAAUGACAACACAGUUGUUGUUUGGGAACCUGAAUCAAAUAAAAUGUGCAGAUACAAAAUGAUAGGAGCAAUGCUAGGACAUAACUUAGGAAAUAUUUGGGUCUCCAAUUUAGGCGAAAUUGGACUGAGCUCUCACUUGGAAAGAAAGGUAUAUGACUGCGGGAAAAAUCUUACGGUCUCGGACCAGGGACCGGCAUACGUGAUUACUUUUGAGAAAAGAAAUAAAAGGGACCUAUUUAAUGUAAUAUAUGAAGGAGCUGUCAGUUCCUCUCAGCUCGCGGCUCAACUCACAUAUCUUCAAGCAAACCUCACUAAUUCAGUAAAUACUGCCUUUGCCCAAGCGUUCCACACAUUUUGUGAUUUCCUUAAGGACACUCAAAGGUGGAUAGAAGCCUCCUACCUAAGUAACCCAACAAACCUUGCGAGGUUCAUUCACCAGAACAAUUUUAUAAUAGCAAAGAAAGCUGGGGUUUCACUUUUAAAGACUUGGCCAUGCGUGUCACUCUGAAUACCAAUUUCAUC